AUGUUAAGGCUGAACACGAAGACUGGUGCUCCCGCGAAUCCCACUGACAUAUCGCGGGGUGUGUUUGGCGCGACAGUAGGCAUUGAUCGUCUCCUGAAGCUCUUCGACAAGUACAAUGUCAAGGCGAUAUGGUUUACACCAGCGCAUACUGCAGAUUCGUUUCCAAAACAAAUACGCAAGAUCGUUGAGAAAGGACAUGAGAUAGGGCUGCAUGGGUACACACACGAGUCCGUCUCUUUGUUAAGUGAAGAACAGCAGCGAGACGUUCUAGAAAAGAGCAUUCAAGUCUUGGAAAACAUCGUAGGCAAGAAGCCGCGCGGUUGGACUGCACCGGCUUGGAGUACGAGUAGAGAAACCAUUAAGCUGCUCGAAGACUUCGGGAUCAUACGGAAACCUGCACGUAAUUUCUGGUACAGGCGAAGGACUGACAAAAUGCUGCAGGAGUACGAUCAUUCUUUCAUGCACCACGACUCUCAGCCGUACUAUGUUCCUUCGUCACAUCACGUCACAUAUACAGAGACCGAUCUACCAAAGCCAGCUUCUCACUGGAUGACACCCAUGUCAACGUUGAAGCCGUCUGCAGUGGUUGAGAUACCUGCAAACUGGCACCUGGACGACUGGCCGCCCUUCCAAUUAUCACUCAUGCAGCCAAGUACUCAUGGCUUCGUCGAUACCGCGGUCAUCGAACGUCUAUGGAAGGAACAAUUCGAAUUCCUGUAUCGCGAAUGCCCCGACGACAGAAGCUUCAUUUUCCCUAUUAGUAUUCACCCGCAGGUUAGCGGCAAGCCACAAGUCAUCCUACUGCACGAGAAGCUCAUCGAGUGGAUCAAUGGCCAUCAAGGAGUAGAGUGGGUUACUUUUGGGGUUACUGUCGACGAGUUCAAAAGCGGUAAGUUGAGCGGCGCGACUGUAGAGGGUGGGGCGGACGUGUAA